ACUAAGUGCUCGCAGCUGUCAAAGUUUUCAACAGUCAACAGUGUAUUAUUAACCAAGAGUAAACAGACGUCCCCGCAGCUUUUCAGUAACUUAGAAACUAAUGAGGAACAAGCAAACAUCCCCACUCGAGUUACUCUCGCCUGCAAGCCUGGAGAAACUUCUUCUGCUUUAAACAACACAGAGAAAAAAAAAGCAGCGGGGGAAGGAGAAGAAAGAGGGAGCAGCUCGUACUAUAGGAGUUUUUUUUCUUCUUUUUUUUUUCUUAAAGCCUGAAAGUAACCUCUCCAUCCACCUUCCUCCAAGAGUCUCUGUGUCAGUUGCACCUGCAGUCAUGACCCGAAGAUCCUGCACGAUUUAUGCGGUCGGUAUCACCUGUGCCGUCUUGUUGACCGUUGGGAUUGGCUUAUUUGUGGGGCAAGUUUUCUCCAAGUUUAUGGAAAACCGACUCAAAAAGGAGCUUAUUUUGGUUGAGGGCAGCCGUGUGUUUGAGUCAUGGAAGAGGCCCCCUCCUCCUGUCUACAUGCAGUAUUUCUUCUUCAAUGUAACCAACCCGGAAGAGAUUGCCACUGGGGCCGUGCCAGUGGUCAAUCAGGUUGGACCCUACACAUAUAGGGAAUACAGGUAUAAAGAAAAUGUGACCAUGGUGGAAAAUCGAACAAGGGUGUCUGCAUACAACACAAAAACCUUUGUGUUCCUGAGGGAGAUGUCUGUCGGUGACCCAAGUGUUGAUAACAUCACCACCGUCAACAUCCCUGCAUGGGCUGUAAUGAACAAGUUGAAAAACAGUUUCUGGAAGGCCUCCAUGGUGUCCCUCUGGAUGUCCAGUUUAGGGAGUGGCAUCUUCACCACUCUCACUGUGGAUGAAUUGUUGUGGGGCUAUGAAGACCCCCUGCUGGCAAAACUUGCCCCAAGCACUCCAGAUGUGGAGCCAUACUUUGGCCUUAUGUACAAGAAAAAUGGAAGUGACGAUGGGGAAUUCAUCUACCACACUGGGGAGCAGAACUACAUGGAUUAUGGCCGGGUCGAAACAUGGAAAGGUCAAAGGGACCUAACCUUCUGGACGUCCAACCAAAGCAACAGCAUCAAUGGAUCAGAUGGAAGUGCUUUCCAUCCCUUUCUGGAAAAGAACGAACGACUUUACAUAUUCACUCCAGACCUCUGCAGGUCGAUCUACAUGGAGUUUGAGAAAGAGGUAGAGGUGAAAGGAAUCCCAGCCUACCGCUUCACACCGCCACGCUCUGUGCUGGCCAGCAAAGAGGAGAACCCAGCCAAUGAGGGUUUCUGCGUCUCUCCUGGGGAGUGCCUGGGAACUGGCCUUCUUAAAGUCAGCCCCUGUCGGAAAGGUGCCCCUGUGGUGGCCUCCUUUCCUCAUUUCUACCUGGGAGAUGAAAAAUAUGUAUUGGGUGUCGAAGGACUGUCCCCUAAAAGAGAGCAUCACCAAACAUUCCUAGACCUUAACCCGACCACUGGAGUGAUUGUACGGGCCAGCAAGAGAGCACAGAUUAAUGUCUUGCUCAGCAGAAUCUCUGGGUUCCCGAAAACAAGACAGUUGAAGGAAAUGAUCUUUCCUGUCAUGUUCAUAAAUGAGAGUGUGGUGAUCGAUGAUGCGUCUGCAGCAAGAGUUCAGAAGCUGCUGCUGAUUGUCAAUCUUGUGCCCAACUUCCCACUCAUUAUUGUGGGACUGGGGGCCAUUUUGCUCCUUGUCUUGAUCAUUCUCCUCAUCCGUGCCCGCAAUCAGCAGAAUGAAGUUAAGCGCAUUGUGUUUACCAAGCCUGUCUAUACUACCACUGCUGCAGAUGACACUUCUUACUCUGCAGUCAGCGACAAGGAAAAGGAAGAUCCCCAAAAUGGAACCUAUAUUGGUUUGACGGCUAAAUCUGACCCACAAGAUUGAAGAGAAGGGAGGAAAGGGACAGGAGAGGGUUUUUAAACAUCGACAACCCUUUCACAAAUAGGGAUUUUGGUUUUCAGGAGAGAAAAAAAUGAAAAGCAUCAUAAAAAAUUGUCAACAUCCCCAUUAUAAUUGGAAAUCUUUCUAUUUUAAUAUUUUACCCUGGGGGAGGUUGAAGUAGGGGCAAAGGGGAGGAAAUAGUUUUUGGUCUCAAAUAUACUGUACUGUAUUGUUUUGUUUUUGUCAUUAAUAGAUACCUAAAAUCCAGGUCUAUCUCACUGGAUUCACAGAAAAAGUUUGACAUUAAUUUGAAAACUUUGUGUGUUUCUAUGGCUGUUUUGGCUCCAAUCAUAUUCAGUCAAAUUUUCAUAUUAACCAGGAUGCAGUCCUCUCAUGAGUGGAGAUGGAGAGCACAAGAUGUCAGAUGGUGGACAAACAUAACAAAACACCCACGUGGACCCUGAUUACUCAAAAAGAGUUGGGAUCAUUUUAUUAUUAUGCUGAUACCCCACCUUUUGUUCUGUUUGGCUCAAUUUGAUUCUGGCCACGUUUUGGACUCAGUACUUUCAGAUAUCAUCAGCUGACUGCUACGUAACAGGGUGUACCGGGCAAUUUGGGACCAGGGUAAUGAAGUUUUUUUUUUAGAUAUCAUACUAUCACUCUCAGGGGGUCUUUGUUUAGAUAUAAUCAAACAUUAUUAUCGCAAAAGUGAAGAGCAACAUGUACAGCAAGUCUUCUGUUUUUGAAGAGAUUUAAAUCCAUUCAGUAUUACCAUUUUUCAUUUACAUUUCAUCCUAAGCUAAAUGUUACAAAACAUUUACAUGGCUUAUUAUAUUCUAUUCAUGCACUGUCUUUCGAGAGAGGCCUGUAAACAUCAUAUCUGAAAGAACCUUCAGAGUAUGGCAUAUUUUUUGUAUAGACAUGUUGAACUGCUUACAUUCCUCUCAGUGUAUGAUGGGGGUGAAUAUCAAACAAAACGCUGUAUAUUUUGGAGACCUUUAUUUUUUUGUAAAAUAAGAAGUCCUUCGCAUUUUUUGUGAAUGUUCAUGUUGAAAUAUUCGAACGAAGAACAUGUUUAGUUCCCAAAUGUGCCAUAAUGAGCUACUCUUUCAUCUGCCAUCGAAAGGAUUUCACAGUUAAACAUUGAUUUACACAGUGCUGACUUGUGUUGACACUAUUUUUGCACUGUGUAACAGUGUAUUCUAACUGACAUUUGCCAUUUCAACACUUAUGUUAGCUUAUUACCAUUUCAAAAUGUGCUCUGGCAUAGAAUCAAAUCAGUUUUUUGGAUUUGCUGCUCAGUUUUUACAACAUAAUAUGUUGCUUGUAUUGUGGUCUGAACUGCUUGUGAAAGACUUUCAGAGAUUUUAUGUCAGGCGUCCAUCUGGUGGAAAUCAUCUUAGUUCAGUGCUAAGAAAUGCUGUUGUUGAGCCUUAAAAGAAUCAGUGUUACUGGAUUUUUAAAAUAUUUUAUGUACUUUACAUAUUGUGUGAAAACAAUGCCAUGCCAUACCAACAAAUCUUCUCUUAAGCGGAUACCAUUUUUUUCUACAGCUACCAAACAAAAACAGAGUAUGAAACACUUUGAGGUUGAUUGUUUUUGUAUAGCUGGCAGGGUCAAACUGCACUUUGAAAAAGCUCUGCUGAAUGUGAUGGUUUGUACGGGGCUACAGCUUUCUCACUCAAGGCUGUUUAAAAUGUUCGAUUUCAGGUGCCAUAGCACGUGUCUCUAUAUACUUAAUGUAAAGUAGAAAAUACUACAAAAUAACUCAAAUUGGACACCGUCGAGCACAGCUUUUUUCUGCUGUUAUUCUUAGUUGUAACAUUUUAAGGGUGAAUGAGUUACUUCAUACAACCUCUUCAUUACAUUCGCUGUAGCAAUGAAUAUAUCAGACAUUUGUGGAGAAGUUGUUUAAUUUAGAAAUGUUUGCUUCCUUAUUUGAUUUGUGUUUGAUGUAUACUUUAAUUCAGUUACAAUAAAUGUAAUAAAAAUUGUGAAGAUUAAAGGAGAGCGUUUUAAGUAGUCUUAUUAUAAAUUCAUGAGAUGGUAAAUGAAUGGGUAAAUCAAUAAUUGUUGUGAUACAAAAAAAGACACAGUAUUACACAAUAUUAGUGUAGUGGUUAAAGAGGAUAAAUUAUUUUGUUGUAAUUGAUAAAACCAAAACACGGAAAGCACCAUAUGGUCUGUACACUGGGCUACGUUGUGCCAUAGUUUGAUUACAGAUUGUACUUUCUGAAUUUAUCAUAACCACAUAUUCUUCUAAUUGUUGCCUGUUUUGAAAUGUUGACUGUUAAUGCUGUUUUUACCGUGUACACAAAAAUAAAAUUAGUUUCAGUAAA